AUGGCUGUUUCAGGAUGUGCUGCUUGCGGGCAGCCACUUCAGAGUGGUCAGGUUCUGUUGGCGUUGGAUCAGCAGUGGCAUGUUUGGUGCUUCAAGUGUUCCGAAUGUGCUGCCGUGCUUCAGGGCGAGUACAUGACUUUUGAUGGUAAGCCGCUAUGCAUCCGAGAUUACAAUCUCAAACAUGGCGUUCGCUGCUACGAGUGUGACAAAUACAUCGCUGGAAAAGUACUGCAGGCUGGUGGCUAUAAAUUUCAUCCUACCUGUGCUCGCUGCUCGCGCUGUGGAGAGCACUUCGGUGACGGUCAGGAGAUGUACAUGCAGGGCGACGAGAUAUGGCAUCCACGCUGCGAACGCGCAAAACUCACUGAGAAUGUUGCAGUCAGUUUUAUUCAACUUGCUUGUUAUGAAUUCUGA